AUCGACAGAACUUCAAGCAUCAGAAAAACAAUGUCACUUUCCAUCAAACGCCCACCCACUCCCCCACCCCUUUGCUCGGUUUGCAAGCACAAUGCUCCAAUUUUUGGCAAGGCACCAAGGAAAUUCGACUACAAAGAGAUCAUCAAAGCAACAGAUGGGUUUUCGAGGCAGAACUUCUUAGCAGAAGGUGGAUAUGGUGCUGUAUACAGAGGGGUCUUGUCUGACGGGCAGGUUGUUGCAGUGAAGCAGCACAAGAUGUUGAGUGCACAAGGAGCGUCAGAAUUUUGCUCCGAAGUUGAAGUACUGAGCUGUGCACAGCAUAGGAAUUUGGUGAUGCUGGUGGGAUAUUGUGUGGAGGUCAAGUGGAUCCUUGUAUACGAGUUUGCUUGCAAUGGCUCUUUGGACAAGCAUUUGUAUGGAAGAGAAACAAAUGAAGUAAUGAGUUGGGACAGUAGGAUGAAGGUUGCAUUAGGAGCUGCAAGAGGUUUGAGAUAUCUUCAUGAAGAUUGCAGAGUGGGUUGCAUCGUACAUAGAGACUUCAGACCUACCAACAUACUUCUAACCCAUGACUUUGAACCCAUGGUGGGUGAUUUUGGUCUAGCAAGAUGGCAAGCAGACGGCCAAACAGCUGAGGAAACACGAGUUAUCGGUGCAUUCGGCUACUUGGCGCCCGAGUACACGCAGACUGGACUAAUAACAGAGAAAGCUGAUGUAUAUGCAUUUGGAGUUGUUCUGUUAGAGCUGUUAAGUGGCUGCAAGGCCACAGAGCUGUCCAGACACUUGGGACAUCAACUCCUACUAGACUGGGCAAGUUUGAUCCCUUACCCUCAAUUGUUUCUGGCUUCUGAGAAAAACAUAAGGGUUCUCAGGUUGCCCACUGCCUGA